GCGGCGGCGGCGGCCGUCAGUCGAGUGUGUGCGCUCCUCCCCGCGCCACGAGCCAGCGCCGCUAGCCACAGCUCCGUAGUGCAUUCAGUACUGUGGUACAGCACCGUAGUUCAGCUAUAUCUGUGUAUAGACCGCCGUGGUCUCUCGCAGCCUCCUCCGACACACAGUAGCGGUGACCUACAGUCGAAGACGCUCUCAGCAUCAGUACAAUCGUGACGCUGCGGCAACGCUGCGUUGAUAAUUACGGAGCCAGGGGCGGCUGCAGUGCUGUGAGGGGCGGCUAGAGCGGCGGCGGCUAGAGCGAGGGCGGCUAGAGCGGGGGCGGCAUGGCGGGCGCGGGGGCGCUGGCGUGGGAGUGCGCCGUGUUCGUGCUGUUCGUGAGCGUGUCGACGUGCGCGCCGCUGUGGAGGCGCGGCGUGCGCGCGGUGGCGGGCGCGGGGGCCGGGGGCGGGGGCGCGGCGGGGGGCGAGGACGGGGGGCGCAAGCGCGCGUUCGUGUUCGCGGGCGGCGGCGUGUCUACGCUCGCCAUGAUCCUGUCCGUGGCGCGCGGCACGCUCGGCGUGCGCUCCUUCCUCGGGUUCCCGUCGGAGCUGGUGUACCGCGGCUCGGCGAUGUGGGAGACCGUGUACGGCAUGUGCCUCGCCUUCCCGCUGGUGGCGUGCCUGCUCGUGCCCAUGUACUUCCGCCUGCAGACCACCUCCGUCUACGAGUACCUCGAGCUGCGGUUCCGCUCGGCGCUGGUGCGGCGGCUGGCGUCGGGCACGUUCGUGGCGCGGCAGGUGCUGAACCUGGCGGUGACGGUCUACACGCCGUGCGUGGCGCUGCACGCGGCGCUGGCCGUGCCGCACGCCGCCGCCGCCGCCGCGCUCGCCGCCGCCGCCGCGCUCGCCACGCUGCUCGGCGGACUCGCCGCCGCUAUACGGGCGGACGUGAUCCAGAUCUCGGCGAUGGUGGCGGUAAGCGUGCUGUUCAUCGCGCAGGCCACGCUGCGCGCGGGCGGCGCCGCGGCCGUGCUGCAAGCCAACAUCGACGGCGGCCGCCUGCAGUUCUUCAAGUUCACGUGGGACCCGCGCACGCGCGUGGACACGCUGUCGGCGGUGCUGGGGCAGCUGUUCAUGUCGCUGUCGGUGUACGGCUGCCAGCAGACGUUCGUGCAGCGCUACGUGGCGCUGGGCUCGGCGGCGGCGGCGCGGCGCACGCUGCUGGCCGCCGCGCCCGCCGUGGCCGCGCUGUUCUCGCUGGGCUGGCUGGUGGGCGCGGCGCUGUACGCGCUGUACGCGGCGUGCGACCCGCUGGCCGCCGGCGCCACGGCCGAGCCGGACGAGCUGCUGCCGCACUACGUGCAGGACCAGCUCGCCGCGCUGCCCGGCAUGAUGGGGCUCUUCCUCGGCAGCCUCUUCAACGGCGCGCUCAGUUUUCUGGUGUCGUCGGUGAACUCGCUGGCGACGGUGACGUGGGAGGACUUCGUGUCGGCCGCGCCCGCCUUCCGCGGCGCCAGCGACCGCCAGCAGGUCACCGUCAUUAAGAUCAUCGCCAUACUUUACAUCGUGUUGAUCUGCUCGCUGUCGCUGCUGGUGGGCAGCGUGGGCGGCGUGGUGGAGGGCGCGCAGCUGGUGACGGCGGUGACGUCGGGCGCGCUGCUGGGCGUGUUCGCGCUGGCGUGGGGGCGGCGCGCGGGCGCGCGGGGCGCGGCGGCCGGCAUGCUGGCGGCGCACGCCGUCACCGCCGCGCUGGCCGCCGGCCGCCUGCUCGUAGCCACCGACACGCUGCAGCUGCUGCCGCUGCGGACUGAUGGCUGUGUGAAUAGCACGCUGAGCACGACGUGGCGCCCCCUCGCGCCGGCCGCGCUCAACCAGACCCUCGCGCGCCUGGCGCCGCUGCUGCGCCCCCGGGCCGAGCCCGCCGCCGCCGGACUCUCCGCGCACGACGUGAUGCGGUUCAUCUUCUCGACGUCGUACAUGUGGUACGCGGUGAUCGGCACCGCCGUGUGUGUGGCGGUGGGGACCGCCGUGGGGGGCGCCGAGCCCGCGUCGGAGCCGGGGGGCGACAAGCCGGGCGCCCCCGAGGCCAACCCUGCCGGGGGCGACAAGCAAGGUGACAUGGCGACCCUAGCGGUGGCCAAGCUGGUGCUGCCGCUGGUGGUGCCGGUGGCGGUGCCGGCGCGCUGCCUGGCCCCCGCACCCCCCGCGCCCCCCGCACUGUCCGCGGUGGACAGCCGUCUGUUCGAGGCCUACACGCCGCCCCCGGGCCCACCGCAGCGCCGCCAUACGCGCUUCUGAUGCGCGCUCACUGUGGGCCACUGAACUGCCACUGCACUAGCAGACCACGGCCCUACUGAACUAGAAGUUAAAGUUAAAUAUUUAAAAUUAAUAAUGUUGAAGUCCGUAUCGGAUAGUGAUCGCUCGUGACUGAGACAUUGUGAUACUUGCUGUGCCUAUACAUAAAAUGUAUAAAUUACCUUGUAAGCCUUAGCUAGUUUAUUAGUAGUCCACUAAAAUUAAACAGUAUUACCACUAGUAAUGUUAGUUUAAAUUUUAUGCAAGUUUGUAUUUAUAAUGAGUGUUUACUGCCGAUUGGCUGGUAAAUGUGUGUUCCACUUUGUACAGUGUACAAUUAUUAUAGUUAUUGUAAGUUAAAUCUGUAAUUCAUGAAUUAAUUAAAUCUGUAAUAAUAAUGUAUUAAAAUGAUGAUAAUAAUCAAAAAAUA